AUGCACAAGUGUCUCGACUUAGCGCCACUGUUACUCACCUUAACCUGUUUGUUCUGCUGCUUCUCCAUGAUCUCUUCUUCUUCCCAAGCUUCGUCCGAUGGCUUCCUCCAAUGCGUCACGGAGGCUAACGUCUCGGUGUUGGAGCAGGGUGAAGGUUUAUUCAACAAGCAACUGAACAAAUACAUCAGGAACCCAAAGUUCUUGGCAAAUACAACCGGGAGGCCGCUCUAUGUCGUGAUGCCGGCGAAUGCCCCUCACGUGCAGGCCGCCGUGCGCUGUGGCCGGGAUAACAAGAUGCCGAUCCGCGUGCGCAGCGGUGGGCACGACUACGAGGGCCUGUCGUACCGGUCUGUGGAUGCUGGGGGCUUUGCCAUGCUCGACAUGUCAGAGCUACGCACCAUCGUCGUGGACAACCAGACAUCAACGGCGUGGGUGGAGUCCGGCGCGACGCUCGGAGAGCUCUACCACGCCAUAUCAGAAGCGAGUAACCUGCUGGGGUUCCCGGCUGGCGUGUGCACUACCGUCGGCGUCGGAGGCCAUUUCAGCGGCGGUGGCUUCGGCACGUUGAUGCGCAAGCAUGGGCUAGCCGUCGAUAACAUCAUCGACGCUGAGCUGGUGGUCGCCAAUGGGACGCUCCUGAACAAGACCACCAUGGGGGACGACGUCUUCUGGGCCAUUCGAGGCGGCGGUGGUGGGAGCUUCGGCGUCGUGCUGAAGUGGCAGGUGAGGCUCGUGACCGUCCCGGAGACGGUGUCGGUGUUCAAGGUCUCGGUGCACAACAGACACGGCGCCGCCGUGAACGCGGUCACCAAGUGGCAGAAGGUUGCACCGGCCAUGCCGGGUGAAUUAUACAUCAGGGCGCUCGUCCAGAAUGAUGCGGCCGUCUUCCGGGCAGUGUUCCUCGGCACGUGCGACGCGCUCCUGCCGAUGAUGACGAGCAAGAGCGACGGCAUUCCAUGGCUGAAUUUGAGGCACUCCGACUGCAAGGAGAUGACCUGGAUCGAGUCCAUGGCAUACGUCAACAACUCGACAGUGAAGGGCCUCCGAAAGCGGACCGCCUCCGACUUCGACUCCAUCCACGGCUUCAAGGCGACGACCGACUAUGUCCGGCAUCCCAUUCGCCGGGAGGUGUGGACCAAGAUCUUCGACAAGCAGCUCGCGCAGCCCAUGGCGCAGGUCGUCCUGGUGCCCUACGGCGGUCGGAUGAGCAACGUGUCGGAGGACGCGACGCCGUUCCCGCACCGUGCCGGCGUGCUCUACAGCUUGCAGUUGUACAACUACUGGCCGGUGGAGUCGGGAGACGGCGGAGCAAUGCAGACAAGGUGGGUCAGGGACAUGUAUGCGUUCAUGGCACCCUACGUGAGCUCCGAAUCCAAGCCAAGGGGGGCCUACUUCAACUGCAGGGACCUGGAUCUCGGAACCAAUUGGGGCCCGAAAUACUUCAAGGGUAACUACGAGAGGCUCACCAAGGCCAAGGCUGCGAUCGACCCCCACAACUACUUCAGUAACGAGCAAAGCAUCCCGCUGCCAAAAUGAGCAAAGCACCCAGCUAUUUAUUCCUUGAAACAACAGCAAAAUAUUUUGGUUAAAACAUCUUAA